AUUUUUCUACUAUACCCCUUGUUAUAUUAGUCAGGUACACAAGGAAACUUCCUCUUUGGUUUUUUCUUACCAUUGUCUUAUAAAUCUUUUUUUUACUAAAUACAAUCAAGACUGACAAAAAUAACAGAUUAGUUGAUUCCGUCUUCAGUGAUUUUAAACAAAAUGAGCAACUGCCCAGGUUUAUACUUCGAUAUUGGCAAGAAAGCUAGAGAUGUUCUCUACAAGGAUUAUGCUCGGCAACCAAAAAUUAAUGAAAUAAACUACCAAGGCUGUGAUUGGAGCUUUGAUCUCUCUUGUAAAAUUCAAGAUAUUAUCCCUGGAGUAAGUUCCCUUGUUGGACUUGUAAUACCCCAUUCUGGCAAGGUGGAACUGCAAUACAUGAAAGAUUACUUUGGGGCAACUGGAGGCAUUGGACUGAAAACAGAGCCUGUUGGUGUAUUUAGCCCAAUACUGAACUUCUCAGGUGUAGUGGGCACUAGUCUUUUCUCCUUCGGGACUGGCUUUUCUUUUGACUUGGGAACAAGAGAAUUUGACAAAUUCGACACUGGUUUGAGCUUCGCCAAUGACUUGCUUGCUAGUUCCUUAACCUUGGACAAGCUUGACACUUUGAAAGCUUCUUGCUACUACAAAGUGAACCCGCUGACGAAGACUGCCAUUGCAGCAGAGCUGAAGCAUAGUUUUUCAACGAGUGACACAUCUCUUUCUGUUGGAGCUCAGCAUGCUUUCAUGCCCUUGACAGUGCUGAAAGGAAAAGUAGAUACACAUGGGAAGGUUGCUGCUAUGAUUCAGCAAGGAUUGUGGGACAAGUUGUUUCUUUCCAUAGGUGGAAAACUGGAUUUUAUGGAUCAAAGAAGGAUUCCUAAUAUUGGACUUUCUAUGGCUAUUAAAGUCUGAAACAAGGUUAAUACAGAAAGUUGUCCUUCAUUUAGAUGAUGAAAAUUUAAUCAUGAAUAAUCUUCCUUAAUUCAUUGCUGGUACAGUUCUGUGUUGAAGCCUAUGUUAAGGUUAUAAGUGAGAAGUUUUGCAGUAUUUGAUAAAGGUUAAAAAAAACGUGGGAAAAAACAGUGUACCCCAUUCUCAACUAUAGUUAUUAUUUUACAAAUAGAGAAAGGUAAUAAUAAUUUCUCAGUCCCUAGGGUCUUUCUAGGGCAAACUGGUAGGUUAAACUGAUUUACUUCAACAGCAUUUUGCUUGUGUACUAGACCAUAAUAUGUUAAUGUUUUACAUAUAAA